AUGGCUUUUUCAACCAUUUAUCCUUAUCGAAAAGGAUUUAAAUCGCAAUUUAAAAAGGGAUCUAGUACAAUUAAGCGCUAUGAAUCAGCAGAUACUCGAAUUUGGUCAAAUGAUGUCUUACUACGAUCCAUUGGUUUACGAGAUAAAUUGACUUGUAAUGAGAUUAAUCAGUUCACAUGUGAUGAGAAUAGCUCGUUUGAAAUAGGUCGACUUGUGACUGAAAUUAAGCAGAAAGAUGAGGAACUUGAUAAAAUCCACAGCAUGUAUAAAGUUAUGUCUAAGAAACUUAAGGAUAUGGAACAAGCCAACAAAUCCAGCAAAGUUUUUGAAUUACAAGAUGAUCAGGACACAAUAGAAGUAGUUGAAGAUUACGAGACAGUCAAGAAACGCACUGAAAAGUACGAAGAAAUAAUCAAGGAACGUGACGAACUCAAACUAGAAUUGUCAAAAAUGGCAAAUGUUGAGGACUUACUUAAGAAAAUGAAAAUAAGAGCUGAUGAGGCAGAUCAGAUGGAAAAAGAAAUUAAGCAGCUCAAAAAUGAUCUUCAAAGAUGUGGACAUGGCGGGUCAGGCGAUAGAUUAAAAAUAGAACCGAAUCGUGUAAAUUCAGAGACACAAUGCAGUCAGUGCCAAAAAUUUAUUGUGGAAUUAAGAGAAAGUAGGUCAAUGCUUGAGUUGAAGGAACGAAAGUGCAUUGAAUUUGAGGCUGAGAGGAAUUUUUAUAUGCAACGUGCUGAGAUGAUAAGGUGUAUGGAAGCUGAGCUGAUUCUUUAUAAGACCAAAUACGAAGAAUGUGAAUGCAAGCUGCUCAGUUUGAAGGAAGUAGUCAUCAAAGCUGAAAUUAAUGAGAUGAAAUUGCGUGCAUCACAGAGCAAAUUGAAGACUAUGGAAUAUCAGCUAUUAGAAUCGGAACAGCAGAAUGAAUGUCUUAUAGGCAAGAUAGAGCAACUAGACAUGGACCUUAAAGAACGUGACGUUUACAUCAAUUCCUUAAAUCAUCGUCUUAGUAAAAGUUUCCGCCCAUCAUCCAAAAAGGCAAUAAAAUGUGUACCUGGAAAAGUACAGUCGAUAGUCGAGAAAAUAAGCAAGGAAUCGUCAAAUGUCAGCACAUGUAAAUGCAAUAUGAAGAAUUGUCACUGUUUAAAUGUCACUAAAUCACUUUGUACUUCUUCAAAUGAGUCAUCGAUUAAUACAGCUAGCGAGAACUUGAUCCUUAAUGAGUCAUAUUCGUCUAGUGACUGCUUAAAAAAUGAAUCAACGUCCAUGUCGGAAACUGAAAGGCUUAAAGAGGAAAUUUCAUGUGAAGAAAUAAGGCUUUUAAGGGAACAAAAUAAGGAGCUGGAUAAAGAAAUUAAAAGAUUAAAGGAACAGCUAUGCUGUGUAUCACAACUUUUAGAGGCAAUUGAAAGUCAGCGAUCGUCAAAUUGUGGAUUAGAAAGUGAAAUGAAUGAGCUAAAAUCAAGGCACAGUCAGGAAUUGGAAGAGAUUAAUUCCAGCUAUCGUUCCUCAAUAUGCCAAAAAAUGACCGAGAUCCAGUCAAUUGAGGAUGAAUUAAAGGCACAAAUUGAACAGAAAUGUGAGCUCGAAAAGAGACUCUCUGAGUCUGUUGAGGAACUAAAUGGCAUGGAAAAAUAUAAGAAUCAAUGUAAGGAACUGCGUGAAUCCAUAGCAAGCUUAGAAAUAUCACAUGAAAAGAGAUUAAAGGAAGUGGAAGCAGCUAAGCAUGAAUGUGCCAAAAUUCAUGAUGAAAACUCGAAAUUGACAAAAUCUAUUAAAGAAUUGAAUGCGACUGUUAAUGAAUUAAAGGAAAUGAACAGUAAGAAAGAGAAUGAGAAAAUUUCGUCAGCAGCACAACGAAAUAUGAUCAAGAACUCAGUAAUUGAGAUUAAAAGAUAUAAUAAAGAAAGAGCAUUUAUGAUCCAGAGCUAUGAAAAGAAAAUAAGAAUGCUAGAGGCUGAAAAUGAGAGCCUUAAAUGUUUAAGGGAUAAAUAUCUUAAUGAAAAGUCCAAUAAGAAUCAAGUGACAUUCAAUUCUGAAGAUAUUCUUAUUGAAAAAUUAUAUACUUUCGGCAUGAGUUCACUAGAUUGUGAUGAAUUAACAGAACUACAUGAUCGUAUCCGUGUUGCUAUGAUGAAAAUAUCAAGGAAGGAUACAUAUCCAGAUAUUGGUGCUAGUUAUUCAAAAAUGAUUGAGCAAUUGUGUCAAAAAUACAAUAUUGGAUCAUCCAAGCAACUUUUAAUUGACAGUUUACCAGUUCGUGACAAAAAGGACAUAGAUUUAUGCUCUACAAUCACAUAUCCCAAGAGUCGACGAUUGAGAUCCAGGAACUUACAGAAAAGACGCUCAAAAUCUACAGAAAUUACAAAAUGAUAAAUUUAUUUAAAUUGAAUGUAACAAAAAAAAAAAAAUUGAGGAUCUCCAUAAAAAUUGAGCUUUAACUAUAUCGAUUUAGGAAUUAUUAUUUGGUAAAAACUUAGCUGUUUUGAUCACAAAACUUAUUAUUGGUCUGUAGAAGUUUCUGGAAGUGAUACAAAACUUGAGUUGCUGCUGCUGCUGCAUGAUGAAUAUGAAUUCAUUGGGUUUUGUUUAAGACUCUCUAUUGCAAAUCCGAUUGGAUCUAAUGUAAUUUGUGCUGGAAGUGACUGUCGACGGUUAGUCUUAACACGUGAAACUUGACGAAUGAUUUCUGGGGAUAAUGGAACUGCAUAAGUUUGAUGUUUCUCUUUACGCUGGAAAAAUGUCUUUAAUCCAUUUCGUUGCUUCUCUUCUGGUGACCAAUGUGUGCAUACUUUAGACGAAACAUGUUUGAACUUAUCACCUGAAUUCUGGAUCUUUUUAUUUGAACAAUUUUCAUUGCUUGGCGUUUUCUGCAAAUUUGUUGAAUUAUCUUUUGUUGGUGUCAAGAACUUCUUUGGAUCACGUCGAUACGGAAUAGAUACAGGUAUUUUCUGGAAGAAUUCAACUACUUUUAACCACAUAAACAUUAAAAUUGCAAACAAAUCUCUUACACUAGACAUGAUUACUGAUUUUCCAGCUUCUUGCUUCGAUACAGCGUUGAUAACUGAAGAGUUUUCGUCAAAUUCGUUGUCUUGAAUGACAUUGUCCAUAUUUUGGUUCAUUUUGGUUUGUUUUAACUAUAUAAUACUGGUAAAGUAAACUAGUAUACCUUUUGGUUAAUCAAACUAAGGGAAUUUGACAGAAAACCGAUUUUUCGUAGCUUAACAACUUG